GGAGGAGGCGGCCGAGAUUCUGUGACCCUCUGAAGGCUUUGUCUGGAGCUGUGUCCAGCAGAACUCCUUUCUCCUCACAGCCAUGUUAACAACAGGAUGAAGCUGGAGGCAGUUGUGGAACAGCUGCAGAAGCAGCAACAGCAGCAGCAGGUGGCCCCUCUGCAGAUGGAGUCCAGAGAGAGGCCACAGAGGCAGAUGAGAGAGACCCAGCUGCAGUUUCCCCAACAGAUGACAGUCCAGCAAGCUGCCCUUGCUGCCACAUCUGGCAAGGUUUCAGGUGGGCCAAUCCUUGGACCUUCAGCUAGAGUCCCCCCUGCAUUGGGGGCUUCCCGAACAUUUGAUCAGGGUACUCUGAACUCCGAGGAGGAGGAGGAGGAGGAAGAAGAAGAAGAGGAAGAAGAAGAAGAAGAAGGUGAGGAAGAUUCAGAAGAUGGUGAUCUCGAGGACAGCACUCCCAGAACUGGCCAGGAGGCAUGUUCAGCUCUGAAAUACUUUCAUGCUUCCAAAGUUGUUUCCCACAACCAAAGAGUGACUCCUUCAUCUAAGCCUCUCCCAGUUCUGGGGAUCCAGCGGAGUCAGCAGGGGAAGGACGAGCUGGGGAAAGAAGCCACCAACUUGCUCUAUUCUGGCUCCUCCUCUGGGAGGCCCACUUGGCGGUUGGAGGAGCAGGUCAAACAGCUGUCUGGUUUUGGUUUUCUUCCUCUUCAGAAUGGGAACCUAACUUGGAGCGAAGAAGCUGACAGUAGCAGGGGAAGAGAGGUGUCCCGAGACUUUGCCAAGUUGUAUGAAUUGGAUAGUGACCCUGAACGGAAGAAAUUCCUGGAUGAUCUCUUCGUUUUUAUGCAGAAGAGGGGGACACCCAUCAACCGCAUCCCAAUCAUGGCCAAGCAGAUCCUUGACCUCUAUAUGCUCUACAAGCUGGUGACAGAGAAAGGAGGGUUGGUGGAGAUCAUCAACAAGAAAAUCUGGAGGGAGAUCACGAAAGGCCUUAACCUCCCCACCUCCAUCACCAGUGCAGCAUUUACGCUUCGCACCCAGUAUAUGAAGUACCUCUACGCCUACGAAUGUGAGAAGAAGUCCUUAAGCUCCCCUGCUGAGUUGCAGGCCGCCAUCGACGGCAACAGGCGGGAAGGCCGACGGCCCAGUUACAGCUCCUCCUUAUUCAGCUUCUCCCCCGCUGCCCCGGGGCCGCCUUCGCUCCUGUGUCCCCCAAAGAUCCGCUUCCCCCUUGUGAGCCUCGCCCCCAGCAGCACAACCAGCAACCCACACCUGUCUUCAGCAGGCCCUCUCAGGAAAGGUGAUGGCCUGCCUUUGACCACCUCCACGCCAAAUCGUCUCGCCAUGCCUGUGAGCUUGGCCAACCAGCAGGCCACUGUAGCCGUGGCGGCAGCAGCCAGAACCGCCACCUUGGAACAGUUGAGGGAGCGGCUGGAGUCCGGGGAGCCAGCAGAAAAGGCGGCCCGGAUGACAGAGGAGGAGCAGCGCUUCGUCCAGCAGGCCUUUCAGAGGAACCUGUUCAGCAUGGCCCGGCAGCUGCCCAUGAAGAUUAAGAUCAACGGCCGAGAAGAUAAGUCAGACCCAGCCGCCGCCGCAGCUUUAAAUUGGACCCCUUCUGGCUUUGGAAGCAUCAAUAUGUCAGUGGAAAUCAACGGCACGGUAUAUGCUGGCGUCCUCUUUGCCCAGAAACCCGUCGUCCACCUCAUUGCCGGAUCCAACACCCAGAGCGCCGGCGGGGGAAGCAGCAGCUCUCCCAGCCCCACGUCCUCCAGAGGCACCCCCAGCGUCGAGCCCUCCACCAGCUGGUCUCUCUGAGGAAAGAGAAGGGCCCGACAGGCUCGCUCUCCAGCCUUGAGCGGCUCCUCUGUGCCCAAGAGAAGUUGCCCCCAUUGCCCUGGCCCCAAGCAGCCCCUCCUGCAAGGGGCCAGCUGUGGAGAGCCACCAUCUCUGUGCUGGCGAGUUUCCCAUCGGGAUGGACCUCGCUGGCUUUUUAGCCUUCUUCAGGUCUUGCUGUGUCCUCAGUGAAGAAAGGGGGAGGGAGGGGGGAGGGGGAGAGGGAAGGGGACACGAGGCGUGUUUCAAUCAGGGAUUCUCUGGACAGGCUAAGCGUUUUUGUAGAUGACUGACCGUUGCCAGGGUGGUGAAAGGCUGUGGCAAGAAACUUGCUUUUCACCUUGGAAGCCUAAAGGGCUCUCUCUCUCUCUCUCUCUCUCUCUCUCUUCUCCCACUCCAGAUACGACUGCCGUGUAUUGACAAUCCUCCCCCCACCCCAAGGCAGGAGAAAAUGUAGCUCUUUGCUCCCGAUACCCUUCUGUCCUUGCUUUGCAUCCUUAGUGCGGCCUGUUCCCCUCUGUCCUUCCAGCUCUCAGGCUCUCUGCUGUUCCUUGAGUUGGCACAGAGAACCAUUUCAGCACAAAAAAUUCCUCAGGCAACGCCUUCCUCUGCAGCAAUUAAAUAAUAAAUAGCCUUUUUUUUUUUUUUUAGCAAGGUGCCCGCAGCAGAGUUUCUUGGGCCAGCUGUUUCUGUCCCUGUCCCAGCCCUUAGCUGCAGUAGAUGGCCUGGCAUACCUGCCAGAGGCUCUUCUGAAGGUGCUAUGUUUCUUUGCUCCAUCCUUUCCGUUUCAGAGGGGAGGGGAGGCAUGGAUUUGAAGUAAAACCCUGCCCAUCCAAGAAUAGCAGCAAAGGCAGAAAUGCAGUUUAGGUAAGCUCGCUUUUAGCAAAAGAUGUGGAUACCCUUGAGGCAUUCCCUUGCAGAAUCCUGUCGGGGACCCCGUCCGUUUCCUCCCAAAUGAAAAGAGAACCAGCGGUUUCCUCGAGCGGCUCUGGAGACUGCCUCGCAGUAACGUUCUCCUGAAACCACAAUGGGCUGAAAACCAGGCGCUGUUUUUGGCUUGCCUUCCCCCAGCGUAAUCAUUUCUUGCACCUCCCUCGAAUCCAGCCAAGAUUAUCUUGGGUUUCUUUAGUUGGUUGGUUGGCUUGGUCGGUUGGUUUUUAAUACAGCUGAUCUCUGUCCAGAUCAGCAGCUCCUCGCCUUCCUAAGGGAGCCAUCCCUCCCACCCUGGCAAAUCUCAGUCAUCCUACAGAACUGCAACAGCUUCUCCCGAGCAGAUGAAAUACCUCAAAAAUAUGUACUUAUUGCUGUGUUGUUGGGUUGGGUGGGGUUUUUUUUCCCCCCUGUUUGUUUUGUUUUCCACCUCUUCUGGAAGGAUUUGCGUAUGUUAAGGCUUCUUUUUAUAUGUCUCGUUGACUGCUUUUUAGUUUGAAUUUUAUAUAUUGUAGCACCAAAGACACACCAAAAGAGAAAAAAAAGAGGAACAAAGCUUCCCCCUGGCUUGAAGGAAUGGAGGUCUGAUGUUUUCUGUAGGUCAGGGAAGCGCUUGGCACAAACUGCCUCGGGCGUGGGCUAGAAGGCAGCGCUGAUGGCAAGUUAAUUUGCUUGGGCUUGCUUUUUUUCUGGCUUUUUUUUCCUCCUUCCCCCAAGAAGGUCUUACACCCCUCCUCUACAGCACUGUGCCUUCUGGAUGGGUGGGGCUUCCAGAAUUCCUCGCCAACACGGCCAGCAGCAGCAGCAGCAGCAGCAGAAGCACCAUGUCUGGCAGUUGUAACUCUGGUGUAUCUGAAGAGCACUCAAGAUGGGCCAGGCUGGUUCAUGAAUUCAGGGUUUUCAAGAUCACCCAGGCAUCCAAGGACUGCUCGCCCUUGGAGACAGGUUCCCCCGCCCCGGUUCCCCUUGCGGUCAAGCCUGGCGUACAGUUCUGAUGUUUUGUAGCUUGUGGAUGGGAAUUUGGCACUUGUAUGAGUCCAGAGCAUGCGUGGCUGGUAGUUUUGUAACUCUGGCAGCAAUGAAUGGAGUGCUGGAAAGAGCUUCUUGUCUUCUGAGCUACGGGAUUUAUCCCCCCAGCUUUUUUACUCAGGUUCAUAGCCUGCGUAAGUUUCGAAGGGAAGGCAGAACCUUCAGCUUGGAUGUGUUUGCAGACCCUCUUAGAAUGUGAUUGCUGCGAAGGUACUGAAUCCUUAUGGCUUUCCUUGUUGAUCCAAAGGUAACUGGUUAGAGCCAUCUCCUCUUUCUUCCAUGGCACUACUUUCUGGACAAAUGCACGCAGAGAAAAGCACCCAUGGAGAAAUGGCUCUGGAGAAUUGUCUUUGAAGAGCAGGAUGUCAGUCCAUUGAGUCAUCCAUCUUUGCUGGAUGGAUCUUGGUUUGGAGGGUGGCGGCUCCUGUUUCUUUUAGCAUUUGUGAAAAAUGCAUGUAUUUUCUAGUUGUAAUACAAAGGCUUCAGGGAUGUUCCAUUCGCAGUUUCAUGUGCAGAGACAGUUCCAGGAAGGACGCAUCUGUUCAAAAGAAGCCCCCUUUGACUUAGUGGUCUGCUUUCUCCAGCCUGGUACCUUCUCAGUGUGUUGGGAUUGCAACUAUGUCCAAAAUUCUGGGAAUUACAAGCCCAAAUACCUGGAGGGCACCAGACUGGGGGGAAAGAAUGGGGGGGGGGGAACAAUCUGAAGUUGCUCUCCAGCCCCUUGUCAAUUUAAUCAAGAUGAAAUAAAAAUUCUGUGCUCAGUAUAUGUGUUCACCUUUGCAGAAGUGGACGUUUUAGGUAUCUAACAUUGCUGCUUUGAAAAGGGAACGCUUCAUUAGCAAGCUGAGCUCUUCUUGGUCAACUCCAAAGAGAAGUUCCGAUAGUCUUCAAUAUUAGCUCAUCUUUAUGAUCUUUCAAAGGAUUCAGUGAAAGCUUUGUGCUCCUGCUGGUUUGGAUGCUUCCCGUGUUUUUUAUUGUAUUGUUGUUUUGUACCAAUUUUAGAAAGUAAAGAACUACUGCCAGUGGUCUCUUAGGCAAGGCUAAGGAACCUAUCAUCUCCCAAAGCUUGCUAAGAAGGCCAACAUGGCCAAUAAUGGGGGGCUGGAUCCCUCCAUUUCUAUUUUAAGCAGAUCUUUAGGGAAACCAUUCUUCAUCCUCUCUAGCCAACAGACCUCAUUCCAUCCAAGUAGACAAAUGGAGCCCCUUGAAGAAUGAAAUGUUCCUGAACAGAUUCUGUGGGAACUUUUCUGGUUGCUACGUAGCUGUGGGGCAAAUUACAGAAAAUGAUAGUUUGACAGCCCAGAUCUACCCAACAGCAGGCCAGAUAUCUUGCAAAGUUACCCAUGUCUCCAUUUCUCUUACCUCCCCUUCCCCAUCCUGCCAUAUUACCAAUGAGUUGUGAGGAUUCCACAUUUCCAUUAACCAAGAAAGAAAAGUUCUUGAAGAGAAUCCGUAGAUAAGUGUUACAUUGGUCUUUGGCCUUUGUAUAACAUGUACUGGACAUGCCAAAGCACAGAUGCCUCUUUCACACCCGCUGGCAGCCAACAGGCCCAGAUUGCAGUACAGCCCAUAUUAUCUCCUGCCCUGCCAACAGGAGCACAAAAUGGCCGUUCUUAGCCCUGGUGGCCAAGAUAAGCUCUGCUGGUGGGGCUUAUCUGUGACCAGCGUGGGAGGCACCUCCUUUGCCGUGCUUGGCCCUUCGCUCAGAAAGCAGCCAUCUUUCCCAUUGAAAACAUUCAACUCCAAAACAGUCUCUGUUCCAUCUGCACAUGCCAUGUUUAAAGUCCCUUCCUGCUUCCAUCGCGACUGAAUGCAGUCAGCCCAAAGAUUGUGCUCCAUGAGGCCACUUCCUCUGUCCAUCAUCCUCUGGCUAAAGAAUGUGUAGAUCACAAAGCCCCCAUGGUUUAUGGAUUCUUCUGAUUAAGGCAGGUGGGCAGUGAGGCUAGAAAGAAUGUGCAGUCCAGGAUCUGUCAUCUCUUCCUAUUGACUCAUGGCUUUUAGCAGAAUUUGCCCGAGUCAGAUUCUUAUCUGAAUCCUCUGUAUUGUUUAAAGUUUCUCUCUCUGUGUGUGCGCGUGCAUGUGUCCAUCUAAGAUUGUUGCAUCUGUAAUAUCACAGUCCCAGUAGCCUCCCAGGUUGUACAACAGAACUCUUUUGACAGUUGUGCCAAGGAAUGCUGAUAACCUCUGCUGGAGAAGAAACACUGAAAGCCCAUCCCAUAAUUUUGAUGGUUUCUGCAUUUCAGACCUGGGCCGGCAAAGGCAGAGAGAGAGGUGGGGGCAGGGGAAUACUGUUGAUGAUCACUUGUGGGUUUUUUCAUUAUUAUUAUUAUUAUUAUUAAUUUAUUUUUAACAUGCUCCCAAAGCAAUGACUUUUUCAAAUCCCUUUCAGUGUCAGCCCAGACCUGAAAAUAUCAGAUGAAUUUGACGUGAAAACAGGACAGUGUGACAGACUGCCCCCUCUUAUCCCCCUCCAGCAGUUUUAUCCCAUCUGAAGCAUUCUUGAAUAUCAGAACUUGGCCUUGGAGGGUAAAACCAUUUUGGGGGGAAAGGGAAAAACGAUGGAAGUUCUCAAGCCCACGGGGUUUUUUGUUGUUGUUGCUGUUUUUUCUUCCUCCGUUUCUGAAAAAUUACUGCUGCCACUGCUGCCGCCAGCUCAGCAUGUCUCAGGCCUGAGUUUAAAAUCCGUGGGCCUGUUCCAGCCAUGCCUAAGAUUGCAUUUCUUGCACAGAAAGCUGUUCGAAUCACUGGAAUGGCCUCGGCGCCUCCAUUCCUGCCAGCCUUUGACGCAGCUAACCAGGAUCCAGGCAGGGAAGUAGAGUUCGUUCUUCU